CUGAGUAACGUCAGACAAAUAGAAGUGCACUUCUCAUCUCUUGCUUAUUGUUUCCAACAUGGAUUCACAAAUGGAACGCCCACACGGUCAUCGCUACGAUCAAGAACCGCACAAUGCUGGAUUGCAUGCUGCAGAAGGUGAAAAUGAGCAUCACCAAGAGAAGUCGGUGUUGAAGAAGGUGAAGGCAAAGGCCAGGAAAAUAAAGCACACUCUCAAAUUGCAUGGCCAUGGCCACAACUAUGACCAGAACUUACACCGUGAAGGUCACAUACCUGAUGAUCAUGACCUGGACAAGGAAGAUGAUAAGAAUGAAGAAUUUGAUGACCCUGAAGUUCGCAAUGGAGGAGGAGGAUCAACUUUCGAGUCUGCUCCUAUUAGGGGCUCUAUGCCUGGGCAAGAGGAUUUUUCGAAAACCCAAGCCAAAGAAACUGAUUCAAUGAAGAGCUUUGUCCCUGUGAAACAGGAAUAUACAGGACAACUUAAAGUUGCUGCUGAAACGAGUAAUAUUAAGGAAGUGCCUCAUACUCCACUAAACAAGCCUAAAUCCAUUUCUCCUGGGAUUGUGGAACAAACAAAAGGUACUGAUCCAAUUGGAACUUUCGCUCGGGAACAAGAGGCGAUUCGAGGACAAACAGAAGUCAAUUUGGAAAGACCAACAGGCUUGGAAGAGGAUCCUCAUGCACGAAAAGAUAGACCUGGAGAUCACAAUCCUUCCAAUUAUCAGACAAAGUCUCCGAUCCAACUGGUGCAGGUAAUCAUAUGUGGUGAAGAAGUAGGAGUUACUCCAAUCCUUCGUUCAAGCCAUGACCAAUUCUCUCCAGAGCCAACUCCUCCGAUACCCAUAAUCCAAGAAAACCCUAGAUUAGUUUCCAAGAUUGCUUCCGGGAAAUCCCAAGAUCUCCCUAGUUAUGAUACGGGUGAGAAAGCAUCAAAACAGAGCAGCUACGUAGAGAAAAUAUCCUCCGCCACCUCUGCAGUCGCCGGUAAAGCAAUCUCUGCAACAAAUGUUGUAGCUUCCAAGCUUGGAUAUGAAGAGAAAGACGAUGCAAAGGAACGUGAAAUGCAUCAAAGACAAGACAAGGCCAAGGCUGCAUCACCCAUGGAAUAUGGGAAGAGAAUUGUGACAAAUGUGGCAGAGAGACUCUCUCCUGCUUAUGAGAAAGUUGCCGAGACAGGCAGCACCGUGAUGUCAAAAAUGCAUGGAACUCGCGCUGGCACUGGCUUUGAAGUAGAACGCAAGGCCAACAAGCAAGAUAGAGGGGUGUCGGUUAAGGAUUAUGUGGCAGAGAAGUUGAAGCCUGGCGAGGAAGAUGGGGCCUUAUCUGAACUUAUUUCAGAGGCUUUACAUAAGAAAAAGCCAGAAGCAGAGAAGGCAGAUAAACCAAUGGGCAAAGUGACAGAGUCUGACGAGGUGAAGAGGCGAUUGGGAAGUAUGGAAGAGAAUUCUGGAGAACAUGUGGAUCCAAGUUCUGUGCACGUUCCUGGGAGUGCUAUGGUGGAUAAGGUUAAAGGGAGAAAAAACAGAGAAGAGACUUCAAGAACCAGGAAAUUGAAACAGAAAGAGUGUUGUUUAUAUAGUUGUUUGUUUGAAGUGUGCGUGAUUUGUGAAUAGAAGGUCGAAUGGACAAAAUUCUGCUUAUGAAUUCUCGAAGCAUCUCUUCUCCUGUGCGCAUGUUAUGUAUAUAUUGUUGU